CCUCCCAGGAAAAUAUAAUAAUGUAUGAGUGAAUGUGAGGCGUGGAUGAACCAUUUUCCUCCUUAUAUUAUCCAUCCCUGAAACCAACUCUGUGUAAUUCGGAACCACUUAUCGCUGAACCAUCCAAAAUCGCUCUGCUUUGAGUUGGCGAAGGUUAUAAAUUGUCAUGGGAAACAGAUUUGUCAGGGGAAACAAAUUGGAGAAGCAAGAAAAGGAUGACAUAAUAUUACUCAAGAUUGUACCUCCUGUGGACCAGAUUUAUGCUAAAUGGCUUGCCAGAGACCUUGCAAGAAUUCACAGCUUUACUCCAAAACGUAUUCGUGCAGUGCAGCCGCCGGAUCAUUAUGUAGAACAUAUGAAGUUGAAUGGAUGGCUGGAUGUGGACUUGGAUGAUCCUGAUCUUGCUCAUUUGUUCAAGUAGAUAAUUUCUAUAUGCCAUAUUGACAGUUAGCAUGACUUUGUAGCUGCAUUAUGAUUACAUUAAAUUGUUCAGAGAGCGAAAAAAAUGAUAAUCACAUUGUUGCUUUGGGUUGGCUAUAAAAUUCCUGUAGAUGGUUGUAUUCUGAAACCCUAGUGUUGAUCACCACUCACCAGUGGGUACAGAAACAUGCUAUAUGUUAUACAAUAGAAUUUUUUGUUCUAUUGUUCUUAAUAGUAUGUGUGUUGGCAUAAGAAAGUAGCCUGUGAUUUGUCACGUUUGGAAGUUUAUCAACAUUUGUAAUAGCCA